UGUCCGAACUCUGAGCGUCAAAUCUGCAUAUUCUCUCUUUCCAUUCUUUCUCUCUGGAAAUUCUCUCCCAUGAGCUGAGAAAAUUUUGUUUUGUUUGGUUCCUGGGAGAUUUGAUUUAAUCGGCGAUCUUUUCCCUUCGUUCCUUCACAAUCCCUCGCCUUCCUCCUUUCAAUCUGUGUGUGUAUUUCCCAGAAUAUAAUGCUUCAGAUUUUCAAGAGACCCUUCUUUGGAACUCAGGGCUUGAGGGUUGGUUUUGGUUUUAAAAUGGAGGGUGACAGUGAUACAUUCUCGGGGCAAGGCAAUGGCGGCGGCGGCGGUGGUCAAAUAGAUAGCAAGGUGGUGCAGACAUUUCAGAAGAGCUUUGUGCAGGUACAGAAUAUAUUGGACCAGAAUAGGCUGUUGAUCAAUGAGAUAAACCAGAACCAUGAGUCCAAGAUGCCUCAUAACCUGACCAGAAAUGUUGGCUUAAUUAGGGAGCUCAACAACAACAUAAGAAAAGUGGUUGAUCUCUAUGGUGAUCUUUCGAGUUCUUUCGUCAAAUCCACGGAUGCAUUGUCCGAAGGCGAUUCGAGUGGCGCCGCUAAAUCGGAUGGCAAAACCGGUCUCAAACGAAACAGGCCUGCUUGAUUUAAAUCAAGAGAAGAAAAGAUAUGGGUUCUUUUUUUUGUUCAAAGCAAUUCAUUUUUGUUUCCAUUGUGGCAAUGAACUUCACAGCUUUUCUGAUGGACACGAUUCUGCUAAAUUUUAUUCUAUUGCAGUGUAACUCUCCCCUGUAGGCUUUGAAUCUAAUGAAGAAGAAUCAU